AUGGAAACCGGGAGCGCCGCGCCGCGGGACGGCCAAGGGCCACUGGCCCAGUACGUGCUCUCCGAUGCCGAGAGCAGACGCAUCUUUGAGGAGGAGAUCGUGCCGGCCGAGCUGGGCCACCUGGCGGACCACACCGACGCCGACGCCGACGCCGACGCCGAGCCACCAGCAGGAGACGGGCAAGACGGCGGCGGCGGCGGCGGCGGCGGCCCCGUGGCUGUGCUGCUCGUGGGCCAGACGGGGGCGGGCAAGACCCGCACGGCGCCGCUGCUGGCGGCCGCCAUGUCGGGGUCGUCGUCGGGGACCCGCCGGCCGCGGGUUGCGCACCUCAUCGCCGACACGUACAAGACGUACCACCCGGCCUACGCCUCCCUGGCCGCGCAGAGACCGACCCUCGCGUCGCCGGCCACGGGGCCCGACGCGCGGCGGUGGCUGGCCAUGGCGUGCGGGCUGGCGGCGGCGCGGGGCGCCGACUGCGUCGUCGAGUCGGCCUGCCGCCACCCGGCUGACUUUGAGGACCUGGUGCGACUGUUCGCUUCAUCAUCAUCAUCAUCACAAAACAAGAGGUACGCCGUCCGCGUCGUCGUGCUGGCCGUGCCCGAGGCGCUCAGCCGCCUCGGCAUCCUGGUGCGCUUCCACCACGCCCUGCCCGAGGCCCGGUCCGGCCGCCUGCCGCUGCGCCUGACGCCCGUGCCCGUCCACGACGCCACCUUUGCCGGCCUGCUCGACGCCGCCGCCUGGCUCGACGGCGGCGGCGACGACGGCGUCCCCGCGGAUGACGUCGUCGUGCUGCGCCGCGGGAACCGCGUCGCCUAUAGCUACUCGCGCCGUCCCUGCCUAUCAUCAUCAUCAUCGCCCGCCGCCGCCACCGCCGCCGCCGGGGAGAGCAGCGCCGUCGGCCCCGCGCUGCUGCGCGAGAGGCGCCGCCCGCUGACGCCCGAGGAGCUGCGCCUGCGCGUGGCCGGCGCCGAGCUGGACGCGCUGAGAUCACUGGCCGGCGCCGACCGGCCGCAGCUCGGGGCGCAGGUCGCCGAGGUCGAGGAGCUGCUGCGCGGCCUGGAGUCGCCGCCGCCGCCGCCUGCGACCUGCGGCGACGGCGCCGGCGACUGCGACGGUCCGUUCCCUGACUUGCAGCCUUUCAACCCGGAAGCCUUUGUAAAGCAUGGCAGGAGCGUAUAG